CAGUAUAUGACAUAUUUAUUUUAGUAAAGUAUAAGUAGUUUCAACAAUAAUAUUUUCAAUAUUUUUAAUGUGGAUUUGAAGAACAGUCAAUUAUGUCUGAUACUUCUUUGGUUAAUCAUUUGAAAGUUAUCCUGGGAAAUGAUGUAUCCAGUGAUAUUGUCAGUUAUAUAAAAAGUAUAGAACAUGAGGAAGACUAUGCUGAAUUCAUGGAGAAUAUUUUAGAUAAAAAUAAUAGUGGUCAUAGAACGUCUUAUGAAGGUAUUAGGAACAUUAUAUUUGGAAAACGAAACUCUUCGAAUAAGGAGGUCAACUCUGCAAGAAAUGCAGCUUCCAGUAGUAAUAACCGUAAACAGCCAACAUCAGGUUCUAAGAAAACAAAACCCAAAUUCAAAGAUAUCAAUACAUACCAGGCUAAGAAGAAGGAAAAGGAAGGUAGAUCCAUUUGCGACUGUUUGGGUCAGGAACAUGAAUUUAUGAACAACUGUUUGGUAUGUGGGAGGAUUCAUUGCAUGGAGGAAGGGCCUGGUCCCUGUUUGUUUUGUGGAAAUAUGAUUUCUGUAAGAGGAGAUGAGCUGUAUGAUGCUAAUAGUCGAAAUCAAAAAUCUAUUAUGAGACCAAAGGAGAACAAAGUGUUCGAUGAUGAUAAUGAUUACUUCAAAAUAAAUUCCAAGAAGACAAGUGGAACGGAAAGCAAGAAAAAGAUGGUUAUUGCUUUGGAUUUUGCUACCCGGAGGGUCAUUCAGAGUACCCAAGAGGACGCUAAGAUCAGAGAGAGGCUUCUCCAGGAUUCUGUGGAACAUUUGAAAAAAGUGGAAGAAAUUUAUAAGAAUAUUCAGAAAAACUCCCAGUAUACUUAUGAACGGAACAGAAAUACAAAUGUUAACGAGGAUUUAGUGAACUUACUCAUCCAGAUGCGCCAUAAGAAACCCAUAGGGGUGGAAGAAGAUUUAUCAAAAGAAGAUUCCGCAAUGCCUAUUAUAAAUUACGGAACAAAUGUCUUUGAUGAGGACCUUAUGGUUACAAUGGAUCACGGGCUUUGUUUGAGUAUGCAUCAGCCUUAUGCUAGUCUUUUGGUAGCCGGAGUUAAAAAGCAUGAAGGAAGAACUUGGCCAACAGAUCAUAGAGGUCGCUUGUGGAUUGCUGCUGCAGCGAAAGUACCGGAAGAUGAGGAAAUUGAUGCUUUGGAAUCAUUUUACAAAGACUAUUAUCAAGAUACAUCCCUCAAGUUUCCCAAAGACUAUCCAACUAGUUGUCUUCUUGGUUGCGUUUUUGUUGAAGACUGUAUGGAGCAAGAAGCUUACAGGAAAAAGUAUCCCAAUGGGGAAAGUAACAGUCCCUACGUUUUGAUUUGUUCGUCUCCUAUAAUACUACCAAUAUUUUAUCCUAUUGUUGGAAAACAUAAAAUAUAUUCUUUGGACAAGGAUAUUCACAAAUGUGCAAAAAUGGCACUCCAGCAUGCUAAAUAUGUAAUGUGAAUGUGUGAGUUUGAGGACAAGAAGAAUUAUUUUAUUUUACAUGUAAUUUGAAUAAAAUCACUGCUGCCGGCAGGUGCCAAAGAUCUCA